UCAUUAUUGCGUUUCCGGCUGAGUGAAUAAAUAGUUUAGGUGCAUGAUGGCGUUUCUGCCAUUUCUGUGAUUCGAUACUGUGAAUUGUUUGGUGAAGGCUCGUGAAAAUGGUGUACAUUUCACGAAACGGCGCUGUUCAAGAAGCGCGGCCAUGGAGUUUGGAGCGGCUCAAGGACAUUAUGACAGGUUUUUUCAACUUUAUUCUCAUGUUCUUCCGUACGAUGCUGGACUUCAAUCAAAGCGCCGGAUCUGACAGUCGCGAUACGCGUAGAGGUAACGGAAGCGAUGGUGGCGGACCACCCGGUGGAGGUCCUCGGAGACGCCCAAUUGGACGUCCGAUGACCCUAUCAGACUGCACCAUCCCCGGAGGCGGAUGAGCAAGGUAAAGUGUUAAUUGUUGACUAAAGGGCUUUUCCUGCACACCAUGUAUGGUGUCGAGCAUCCGUCACUCGUCCUGCUCGGUACCAUACACGGCACCAUACACGGUGUGUAGAAAAAGCGUUUAACCUCAUCAACGAUUGACACCGCGAUCUGUUUUGCUGCGCACUGUGCAACCUGUAGACUAACCACAGUUCUACGUAUGACGGACGAAUUCUAAACCUAUGCUCAGAAAGGCGAAUUCAUCUCGAAGAAGGUUAAUAGUGAGCUUUAUUAUAUUAAUAUUUGAUUCGUAAACGAA